UCCAGAGGGCUGUCGGCGCAGUAGCAGCGAGCAGCAGCGGCCGCGCGCUCCGGCGAGGGGCAGAAGAGCUCGAGGGAGCGCGGGGCAGCAGCAGCUAGAGCCGAGCCCAGACCGAGCCCCGGGCCCACCGCCGCCCCAAGGCCACCCAGCAGAGCCCCAGCCAUGGCACACCAGCUUCUGUGCUGCGAGGUGGAGACCAUCCGCCGGGCAUACCCCGAUGCCAACCUCCUCAACGACCGGGUGCUGCGGGCCAUGCUCAAGGCGGAGGAGACCUGCGCGCCCUCGGUGUCCUACUUCAAGUGUGUGCAGAAGGAGAUCCUACCGUCCAUGAGGAAGAUCGUGGCCACCUGGAUGCUGGAGGUCUGCGAGGAGCAGAAGUGCGAGGAGGAAGUCUUCCCGCUGGCCAUGAACUACCUGGACCGCUUCCUGUCGCUGGAGCCCGUGAAAAAGAGCCGCCUGCAGCUGCUGGGGGCCACCUGCAUGUUCGUGGCCUCGAAGAUGAAGGAGACCAUCCCCCUGACGGCCGAGAAGUUGUGCAUUUACACGGACAACUCCAUCCGCCCCGACGAGCUGCUGCAAAUGGAGCUGCUCCUGGUGAACAAGCUCAAGUGGAACCUGGCGGCCAUGACCCCGCACGAUUUCAUCGAACACUUCCUCUCCAAAAUGCCGGUGGCCGAGGACAACAAGCAGAUCAUCCGCAAGCACGCGCAGACCUUCGUCGCCCUCUGUGCCACAGACGUGAAGUUCAUUUCCAACCCGCCCUCCAUGGUGGCUGCUGGGAGCGUGGUGGCCGCGGUGCAAGGCCUGCACCUGGGGAGCACCAACAGCUUCCUGUCCUACCACCGCCUCACGCGGUUCCUCUCCAAAGUGAUCAAGUGUGACCCGGACUGCCUGCGGGCCUGCCAGGAGCAGAUCGAGGCCCUGCUGGAGUCCAGCCUGCGCCAGGCCCAGCAGCAGAACCUGGACCCCAAGGCCGCGGAGGAGGAGGAGGAGGAAGAGGAGGUGGACCUGGCCUGCACGCCCACCGACGUGCGGGACGUGAACAUUUGAGGGCGCCCGCGGCGAGCAGGGGCCGGCCCCAGGUGCUGCCCUGACGGACCGCUCCUCUCUGGACGGUCGAGACCAGGAGGGAAGGCCCCCUUCUCCCUGUGUCAGUUUUCUCCUUUGCUCUUUCUCCCUUCCGUCUCUGACUUAAGCAAAAGAAAAAAAAAGUACCCGAAAAACUGUCUUUAGAAAAAAAACAAAAAAACAAAAAAAGGAGAGGGGAAAAAAAAAAAUAGUAUUUGCAUAACCCUAAGCCGGGAGGGAGGAGGGCUGUGCUAUAAAAAUAGAGGAUUUUGUACCCCAUAAUCAACUAGUUUUUAUAUUAACGUGUUUGUGUCUCUGAGUUGUAAGGACAAGGUAUUAACACAAGGAACGAGUCUGCAGGGGAGGAUGAGAUUUAAUUCUUUCUGUGUUUAAGACAAAAAAGCAUAAAAACCUUUAAAAAAAAAUAGAGAAGAAAGUCAACAAAGCAUUUUUAAGGUAGAAGAGCGUCUUAGGUAGGAAAACGUAUCCUUGUGCUUUUCCGGAGGAGCAAGGCUUUAAGGCGACUCGGCAUCCUGUAUCUCGCUUCCUCGUGCAUGUAGUCACUUUAUGUCAUUGUGUGUGUUUAUUUUAUCCCGUAGGUAGGCGUGUAACCUCUCCACCUUGUCCGUGGCUGGCGUAACCUCGGUUAGAGUAGCAUAGAGUUCAUCGAAAACUGCUAAAUCCUUUCUGCCUGUGGACCGGCCACGUGCGCGGUUUGUCGGGCGCCGGACAGCCAACCCUCCGGACUCCUGGCGUCUCCGCUCCUGGGAAGGGAAACCGCGGUAGCGACCUAAUAUAUUCUAUUUUUGUAAUCUUCCUAAUUUUGUAGUUGCCUGUUGAGGCGGUGCUUGCUUUGCACCCCACAGACCUGCGGCCUGCUCCCGUCCAGGUGAAAUUCACAGCUCCUUUGGUUGGUUUUCCUUCUUGAUAUUCUAAAACCAUUCCAUUUCAAAGCACUUUUGGUCCAGUAGUUCGAGGCACGAUCUCUGUUCGGGCUGUGUGUCGGGGCGGGGGGGGGGGUUGGGGCGCGGUUUCUCAAUGGAAUGGUUUGGGAAUAUUCACGGACUUGUGUUCCGACAGGAUGGCAAGGCAAAUGCAUGUCACUGUGGUGUUCGCGAAAGGGGCGUGUUCUGAAGGCCAGGGUCCGGUCAGGAGGAGGGAGGAAAGUAGCCCCACUCUGCCAGGAAGAUGUGUUUCUUUUUCUGUAGAGAAGUUGAAGUUUGGGACCCUUUGGUGCCAACUGGUGUUUGCAAGUAGGGGCCUUAAAGUAGAGAGCUCGUAGCAUAAGGGUUAGGAAGGUUUUUAAACACUAAAGUAUAUAAUUUAUAGUUAAGGCUAAAAAGAAUAUUUAUUGCAGAGGAUGUUCGUAAGGCCAGUAUGAUUUAUAAAGUAAUGCAAUCCCCCCCUUGAUUUAAACACACACACACACACACACACACACACACACCCCUUUCUGCCUUUUAUGUUGCAGGUUUCGUACCGUUUAUAAAAGUUAGAUCCUUUUCUAGGAAAGGAAAAAAAAAAAAAGUCCCGAGAAAAAGCCCAAAAAUCACGUUGAUUCGGCUGAUUAGGCCUGUUGGGCGUUUUCCCAGCGUGGUCCGAUCUAAGGGCCCUGGGAGUUAACCCAGAAAAUUAGGGGCCUUGAAAUGAGUUCAGUUCCCCAGAGUUUCUUAUGCCCUGCCCUCUCCUUUGAAGAAAAUUUUAGCCACCGAUAGACACUUUGCACAUCUUGGCUACGUUCCUUUUUGCAAUUGUGAUGUGGGGAGUGUUGAAGGGGAGGAUGUGAGGGAGGAGGUGCGGAGGGGAGGGGAGGCGGUGGGACCAGGCGAGGGGACAGGCUGCGGCUCCGCUUUCUGAUGCGCUGCCACCGAUGACUUCCCGGCACGGUUUGGAAACAGACUGACAUCGCUUCUCUCUGUCUCUUUCAUAUUGUGUUGCUGCUAUUGGAGGAUCAGUUAUUGUUUUUUUACAAUGUCAUAUACUGCCAUGUUCUCAUUUUAAUUUUCUCAUAGAAAAAUGUAUGACAGAUGCCUCUCUUUUUUUUUUUUUUUUGUAGAUUUUUUUUUUUAUGUGAUCAGUUUUGACUAAAUGUGAUUACUGCUCUAUUCCAAAAAGGUUCUUGUUUCACAAUACCUCAUGCUUCACUUAGCCAUGUGUGGACCCGGUAGUCAGGCUCUGUCUGACCUGUGGCCUCCUGCUUCGGCAAACAGACACGCGGACGAGAUCCCAAAACCGGCCUGGUGGGGAUGGGCUGCCGGGGCCUUCCCGCAGCCCCCCUGGCGUCUCUGGGGACCAGGCCGUGUCCGUCUCCUUUGCCCUGCGCCUGUUAUGCUGGACUCCCCACCUGUCCUGGGACUUACCAUCAUAGUAGUUUUUACCGCUAUAUCGUUCUUUGCGUGUAGCUAUGAAAGUUGCAUUAUAAUAAUUAUUAUUAUUAUUGUAACAAGUAUGUCUUGACGUGCCACCGUGGUGCUGUGCUGUGGGACUCGGUCAUUCAGGGAUGACUGAAGUAGCUUCUGAAUUCGUUCGAGUUUCUGGUGCGUUGAUUCUGUUCUGUGUGCUCGUGUUCUCUUCUGUUCAUUACAGCCUCAUGCUCAUUUCGAGACUUCAGAUCUCAAUGAAGCUAGCGGUGCUGUGCGCCCAGGAGCCGCCUCGCACGCUGACGAACCAAAAGGAUUUGUGCCAUGUGCGGCCCGGCGCCAGCGGGGGCAGCCCCUGUGCCGAGGCCACUGCAGGCCCAGGACCCGCCCCGCCCUGCAGGAGCACUGCUUCCGCUUACCUCAACCAUUCCGGCUGCGGCAUCUGUGUGUCUGAACCAAACAGGGGUCCUUGAGGGUCGGUCUGUCCUAGUUGGGGGGUGGACAUUGUGUGCUGAAAGGCCAAAGGCCGGUGACAGGUCCGGGAGCACAGCGGAGUCUGUCCUGUGACCAGCAAGUCUGUGAGGGUCUCUGGUGGGCGGGCACUUGGGGUCUGUGUGUGUUUCUGGUUGCACGCCGCGGCAUUUCCCAGCACAGACAUGUAACCGGCACGUUUCCAGCAGAAGACAAAAGACAAACAUGAAAAGUCUAGAAAUAAAAUUGGUAAAACCCUG